ACCGCUCGCCGCCUGGAGGCGGGCGGGUGGCGCUGCAGCCGGCGGUGCGCGGAACCUUCUCGGAGGCGGACGGACAUGGCCGACAGUAGCGGCUCCGAGAAUCAUCGCAUCAAAAGCUUCAAGAACAAGGGCCGCGAUGUGGAGACUAUGAGAAGACACAGAAAUGAAGUGACUGUUGAACUGAGAAAGAACAAAAGAGAUGAACACUUACUCAAGAAAAGAAAUGUGCCACAGGAGGAAAGUUUAGAAGACUCUGAUGCAGAUGUUGAUUUCAAAGCGCAAAAUGUUACACUGGAUUCUAUCCUUCAGAAUGCAACUAACGAAAAUCCAGUAAUUCAACUAAGUGCUGUACAAGCUGCAAGGAAGUUGUUAUCAAGUGAUAGAAAUCCUCCAAUUGAUGAACUGAUUAACUCUGGAAUCCUGCCAGUCCUGGUACGUUGUCUGGAGAGAGAUGGCAAUCCUUCUCUGCAGUUUGAAGCUGCCUGGGCAUUGACUAAUAUAGCAUCUGGAACUUCUGCACAAACUCAAGCUGUAGUUCAAGCAAGUGCUGUACCUCUUUUUCUGAGAUUACUUCACUCCCCACAUCAAAAUGUUUGUGAGCAAGCAGUCUGGGCACUUGGAAACAUCAUAGGUGAUGGUCCUCUGUGUAGAGACUACGUCAUCUCACUGGGAGUUGUCAAACCUCUUCUGUCCUUCAUCAAUCCCUCCAUCCCCAUCACUUUCCUCCGUAACGUCACAUGGGUCAUAGUUAACCUAUGCAGGAAUAAGGAUCCACCACCACCAAUGGAAACUGUUCAGGAGAUCCUGCCAGCAUUGUGUGUACUCAUAUAUCACACGGACAUAAAUAUUCUUGUGGACACAGUCUGGGCCUUGUCCUACCUGACGGAUGGAGGCAACGAACAAAUACAGAUGGUGAUUGACUCUGGAGUGGUACCGUUCCUGGUUCCCCUUCUAAGCCACCAAGAGGUCAAGGUUCAGACAGCUGCACUGAGAGCGGUAGGAAAUAUUGUGACUGGUACUGAUGAGCAAACACAGGUUGUUCUUAACUGUGAUGUGCUGUCACACUUCCCCAAUCUCCUGACUCAUCCAAAAGAAAAGAUCAACAAGGAAGCAGUGUGGUUCCUCUCUAACAUUACAGCAGGAAACCAGCUGCAGGUCCAGGCUGUGAUAGAUGCCAGUUUGAUUCCCAUGAUUAUUCAUCAACUGGCUAAAGGAGAUUUUGGAACUCAAAAAGAAGCUGCAUGGGCAAUCAGUAACUUGACAAUUAGUGGCAAAAAGGAACAAGUUGAUUACCUUGUACAGCAGAAUGUGAUCGCACCUUUCUGUAACUUACUGGGAGUGAAAGAUGCACAGGUGGUGCAAGUUGUACUUGACGGUCUUAAUAAUAUUUUGAAAAUGGCUGGUGAAGAAGCCAGCACAAUAGCAGAAAUGAUAGAGGAAUGUGGAGGUUUGGAAAAAAUAGAAGCUCUUCAGCAACAUGAAAACGAAGAAAUCUAUAAGCUAGCUUAUGAAAUCAUAGAUCAAUACUUCUCUGGUGAUGAUAUUGACGAAGAUCCAAGUCUCCUUCCUGAAGCUACUCAAGCAGGAACUUUCAGUUUUGACCCCACAGCAAACCUUCAAACAAAGGAGUUCAAUUUCUAAGCUAAAACUUUGCUGCAGCUUCCCUGUCCCUUUCAAACCCCAAACACAAAAACUUCACCAAUCAGAAGUGUGAUGAAGGCUCAGAGACAUCCGCGUAUCUACAUUUGAUGCUUUUGAACAGCCGAAUAAUUGAUCACUCAGCAAUUGCCAAAUUUGCUACCACACGGAUCGUUGGCACGUGUGCAUGAUUCUUGUGAUCUCAUGAAUAACGUAUCAUAUCAACAAAACAAGAAUAAUACCCAACAUCACCUAUGAUUCUACCUUUCCCUCCCUGGUGUGACUUCUGUGACAAUAGUAGCAGCUUCACUUAUAAUGUUGCAUAUUAGAGGCACAAAAUUAAUAGCUCUCUAUAUGGAACAGAAUGAUUAGGUAUUUAUUAACGGAAAGAGACUUGGCUUUGACAUGUGAAAUAGGCUUUUAGAAGACUAUACACUGGGGCUUACGUGUAGGAGGAUUUGGAAAUACAGUUGAAUCCGCAAUUGCCAUGGUUAGCCCAUGGAUGCAAGGAAAACAUAAUUUUAAUUCUUUGGCUCUGGUGACUGCAAAAAGACUUUUGUUCUAAGGAGAUAAAAUGACCCUGCUUGAAUUUGUGUUAGAUUGUUGGGCUUGCACUGCCUCACAGACCAGGAUUAGAAACUAAAUUUCCUGAUUGAAGCCAAGUUUAACCACGACCUCUGACAGUUUGCGCAAGUUCUGUGGAAAUAUCCCUGCUGAUUACUAUGACCACUACUUGGAACCUGUGUUUUAAUUUUGUUUUGCUCUUUGAAGUACUUCAAUGCUGUGCAUGGUGUUUUACCUGAGCUGCAAUUAUUAUAUCAAUGUGAUUUGAGCCUCUGCUUUAAGCUGAAAGCAAGAUUCGCCCACAUAUUCUCAUUCAGUUUCUGAACCCAAUAAUGUUAAUCUGUACAAAAAAACAAAGUAAACAUUUUACCUAAUCAGAAUCUUGCUUCCAACUGUUAGUUGAAUCAGUAUUCCUUUCAGCUUAAGCCAAUCCAGUAGUAAAAUUAAGUUGUUGGACUUUUAGUGGGUUUAAACUGUGGAGCUUCCAUGUUUGCGGUGAUACAGUCAGACUCAUCAACAUCAUAAACUGACCUUUUUUUUUACUGUGGAUACUGCUGAUGGCUGUCAACCAACCGCUAUAAAUUUGUUCAUGGACUUGAGCGUUAUUGACCAGGUUCUAAAGUCACAUUUUUCAAAUGAACUAGAAGUAAAUUGAUUUUAAAAGAAUGUUCAAAAAGAAGUGUAAAUCUUAUGGGGGAAAUGUAAUGUAAGCAUUGUAUAAGGUUGUACAGAAGCUGCAGUUACUUUGAUCAAUCAAAUGUACAUCCAGUCCAUAAUGUUGAUUAGACUUGCUGUAUUUAAGAUACAAGGGGAGAUUUUUGUAGGUAAUGGGUUAGGUGACAACCAUAUAGGGAUGGGCUUUAUAGUUGUUGUGACUGGAUGUAAACUUCCCCUGAUAUUUGUAAAGGGACAAAGGAUUGCAUUUGAACUAAUGUAGUUAUCAAGUGUUGGCAGUAUCUACUGUAAUUGAAUUCAGAAACAAAAUGCAAUCAAAGCUCUUUGACAAGCUGUUUCUCAUUGAUGAACAAAAUUGUGCAGGUUUAUGUCCAUCAAAAUACCUUGCCACCAAAACUGAGCCACUUUAAAGAUUAUGAUAUCUUGUAUCUUGAAAAGAUACAAGCUUAUAUAUAAAAUUGCAAGAUUUUACUUGCCGACGAAACUGUUUUAAUAAUGCAAAUAGUGUUUUGGCCUCGGUUAUUUAUAUCCUUUUUAUAAAUUUUAAAUUAAAAUUUCUCUUUAAGGUGGCUCAUUUAUUUCAACUCUUCUGCAUUCAGAAGGAGUUGAAUUUCAUUGUGCCUUUGUUUUUUUUCCUAUAUAUUUUUGUUGUAAAAUCUGCUGCAUAUGGUAACUACAUAAUAUCCAUUCGCACAAUAUAGAAUAUAAAACAU